UUCAAGGGGAAGUUGUCUCCGACGUGCAAGUUAUCGAGGAUCUGACUUUGAAUGUCGCCUCGUCCGCCGUAGUCCCCACCAAAUCUGGUGCUGUUGCCAAGGGAAGCACUCGCGCCGAUCGAGAUCCGGCUACCGGCCUGUAUGAGGUGACGGUGCGGUACCCGACCAAGGGCGGGCUUUUUAACGAGAAGGUGUCUGGCCACGACGUCUUGUUCCAGGCCAUUCCCGAUGCCGACAGGGAGUACCUGCGGCGGCAGAGCAAGGAUGUGCGCCUCUUCGAUGGCGGUUUGGACUACGUCGUCCAGGGGGCUUUUAUGCUGAUGGAGCAGCAGCGCCGGCAGGUGGAGGAGCUUGCUCGCCUUCGGGAGGCUGAGAAGAAAGCCGCUGCUGCUGACGAGGCGCUUUCCCAGUUAGAGCGGCUCCGAACUGAG